AUGGAGGGAAAAGGAACAGGAACCGCCACAGGGUGUUACAAGUGCGGCAGACCAGGUCACUGGUCACGAGACUGCCCUUUCUCUGCUCCCAAUUCCAAUCCAAACCCUAACGCCUCCACCGAUCCCAAUCCCAAUCCCAAUCCUUCUUCCUCUUCUUUCAAGCCCAGAUCCGCCGCCGAAAAGCCCAAGAAACUCCCCCGAACUAAGCCCAAACUCACACCGGAGAUUCUUCUUUCCGACGACGGCCUCGGUUACGUUCUUCGCUAUUUCCCACGCGAGUUCAAAUACCGUGGUCGCGGCCACGAGGUUCGUGAUUUGGGUAACCUGCUUCGGUUGUACACCGAAUGGCACUCUCGGUUGCUCCCUUAUUACUCUUUCAAUCAGUUUAUUCACAAAGUGGAGAAAGUUGCCGCCACCAGGCGUGUCAAGACUUGCCUUGGAGAAUUAAGAGAAAGAGUUGCAAGUGGUGGAGAUCCAACGAAACUGCGGGAACCACCGGUUGUGCAUGACAUUCCAUCUGUUGAACACGGAUUUGCUGGAUCUGCUGACGAUGGGGGAGCAACUCAUCAAGAGACAGAUGUGUUUCCAGAUUCUGAAUUUGUUACUGACACUCAGGAAGACAUGCUUAAUGAUAUAUAUGAUAAAGCUACCGAAGAACCUUCUCAGUCCAUGGACAAUGUGAUUGGCACUAGCACGGCUUCAACAAGUAACUUAAUCGAAAAGAUAGCAGAGGAAGUCCACAAUAAUGGAUCCAGCGACUCUGGCAAAGCUGAGAUAACAGAAGAGCAGAGAGCUCGUAUGGAAGCAAAUAGGUUGAAGGCACUACAAAGGCGUGCUGCUCGAGCUGCCUCAUCACAGGCCUCCUAA